GCACGCUCCGGAAGUAGUUAGCGUGGUGGUUCUGUCCCACCGGUCGACGGUAGUUUUGAGUUUCUAAGGCGGCUGAGUUUAGCUGCCGUUGUCGCCAUUGCCAUGUUUCUGACGGUGGUCAAUUUGGCCAAGAAGAGCAAAUCAAAGUAUAUACUUGUGAGAAUGGUCAGUGAAGCAGGAACAGGCUGUGCUUUUAAUGUAAAACGACUCCGGCUUCAAGAAAAGCUGGUAAUGCUAAGCUAUGAUCGUCAUGUCAAACAGAAUGUCCUCUUCAAAGAGCAGAAAAAGAUCUGUUCCGUGUAACUGAUGAUUGGCUAAGAAGAUGUUGUGAAUAUAUGGGACAGACUUAUGAGAGGAAAUACUAAGUUGGCAAUGUUGAAAAGAGAGAAAAUGGACUGAGGUGGUCAAAGCCAAUUGUAAAUAAGAACAUUGUGGAAAAUGCAUUACUGAUAUUUAGAGAUGGAUCCUUAUCAACAACUUUCUUGUUUUCAUACCUGUGAAUUAAAAUUCUGAAUUCCA